AUGAACCGUCUGAGUAUAAGUUUCGGUAUGAUAACGGAAACUGUUCUGGGUCAUUUGCGUAAGAAAUUCUUCCAGUUUGCUUGUUCUUUGGCUUGUUAUUGUUUUUCCAAUAUUUCACAUCCUUUCCAUCUACAUCCCUCACCAGAUCCAGACAGAAACAGAAGUUAUAUCGCACCAGACGUCGCAGUUUAUCCGAACAAGAUGUUUAUUCCAGGACCUCCGAGAGAUACAAUGGGAAUCUCCACGCAAGUGAAAUUGGCAGCAGCACAAAAUGUUGUUGACCGAAAGAAAAAGUAUGAACGUUGGACGAGACAGUCACAUGUAAGAUGUGUAUUAAAAUUUAGUGAUUUGCAAAGCACACGAAACGGGCAAGGAGAAUUUAAUUGA